UGUCUUGCUUCCAGAGGCGUUCCCCUCUCUUCCCUCUGCCCUGGCUACCCAUUUCAAGCUGCCUCUUUGAUUUCACAACCCAGCAGACAGAAAACGACUAGGAAAUUGCCAAUCCAAAGGCCGGCUGGGGCCUUGUAAAAGUUGGAAGGGCUGCGGAGGAGAACGUUCCUCUGCUGCCAGGCAGAGUGACCCGAGGUGGCUGCCCCGAGGUUACAGGGGUCCCGGUGCCUCCGAAUGGGUGUGGGAGCAAGGGAGGAGACUCGAGCCUCACUGAAGCCAGGCUUGCUCCUGGAUCUCAUUUUUCACAUGUCUGCUGCACUCUCAACCACCAGCCCUGUCAGAGGAAAGGAGGCGCUUCCUGUUAUUCCGAUUCAAAUCUCAAGCUGGUCAGGAGGAAACAGGCAGCCGUGCCGAGAGUGGCAGGGUGUACCAAGAUGGAUGGCCGGUGUCUGCCCUUGCUGCUGCUUCUGGCGGUCUUUACAGUGGCCACCAGUUUCGAUGCUCAUAAUGGGACCACAGGAGCUCCUGGCAAUGCCAGCAUCUCUCUGGAAGGAAGACCAGAUGCUACAGUUUGGGCCCCCAAAAUGAAGCUGAGCAUGGACGAUGUUUACGAUAUCCUUGGGGCAGGUUGCUGGAGAAACUUUGAGAGGCAGAUGGCCAACGUCACAGAGGAACGCUGGUGUGAGUGGAUGGUCAUUAGAAGGCCAUACAACGACUUGCAGAAAUGCCUGGAAAAAUGGGCAGUCGACUUGAAGUAUGGAUACCCCAACACCUUGGCUCACAACUACAUCACGUAUAGCCACAGGUUGUAUUUCCUCAACUGCAGCCUGCAGAACGCACUGCAGGACCCCCCGGACAACGUUUUGCUGCCUCUGAUCAUAACCCCGAUCUGCCUCAUCCCUUUCCUGGUAACCCUGGUCGUUCUGAAGAGCAAGGAUGGCGAAACGAAGUCCUGAGUCCCCGGCCUUCGCGUAGCGAUGUUGCCGGGGUCCACGUGGCCCAGCAGCUCGCAGUGCCCGUCACAAUCCUCCUCUCUUGCUUCCCAUGGGAUCGGCCCCCUUCUGCUCUGACACCCCACCCUGGGAUGAACCACUGCGCCGGAGGCUGAAUCUAGAGACUUCGAACGGGGAAAGCUUCGGGGGCAUUUUACGAGUUGUUUACUAACGGGAGUUGGCACAGAAGGGGAAACCCCUGAACCUUUUUUUCAAAUGCCGCCGCACGUCUGCAGCUGACUUAAGCAGCUGUUAAUGUGGCCUGUCGUAGCUGAUUUUGAAGGAAUUCUGGGAAUUGUAGUGCCUACUGCUGAAAAUCUUCAGUGAGAAUGUCCUAGGGGCUUGACAGAAUUGGUUUCCACAGGGUUGGAUGGUCAUCUGCCGGGGGUUCUUUAGCUGUGGUUCCUGAAUUUCAGGGGGUUGGU